GUUCUUGAUGACACUUCAGAUCGUUUGAAAGCGGAAAAUAUUUAUCUUCUCGUGCCGUGCGUCGUCGGGCGAGUUCGUUGAGCAUCAUCACGCAAUAAAUUAUAUAAAUUAUUCCGUUCAUUCGCGUAAAAUUCAAAUAUCUUAAAUUUUAUGUUUUUUGGAUUUCCGGUGAAAUAAUUUACACACCUUAACAUAGAUAUCCUGCUUAUCUAUAAAACUACAAACAGUUUUUAUUUGAAAGUGACACACCACAACAUUUUGCCUAAUUGGGUUGCAUCAAAAGGAUACGUUGUUGCAACAGUGAAUGUGAUUUUUGAAUUGGAAUUUGUACGAGUAUAUUGCAACAUUCAAAGUGGCUGAGAAACGUAAAAGGUCUCCGUCGACUUCAAGGUCGCCGAUCGAGACAAUCAGUGUUAAGGAAGAGCUAAGAAUACCGUCGUUUGGACACGCUAUGGGAAGUCUUAUGCAUCAUCAUCCUGCGGCAGCUGCAGCAGCAGCAGCUCCAUUUCUAACCUGGUCACCUAUAUUGCUGCCUCCGUGGGGACAUGCUUUGCUGCCAGCAGCUUUUUACCCAGCCGCACUGAGGAAUGCUUUACCAGGCCUCUUUGAUGCUAAAGUACCACCUUCGCAGCGUUCAUCCGGAUUUCACAUAUCGGAUAUUUUGAAUUUGGACGGUGCUGAUCUGAAAGUUAACGGCGGAGGCACCGUAAGUGAAGCGGCAGGUGUUGUUGCAGCAGCGCAGCCAACCGAACCCAUCCCAGCCCCCGUAAUUGUAAAUAAUAACAAUAAUAAUAGUACGAGCAAUAACAAUAACAGUUUGAAUCAAAAUUCCACGGAUGGCAGUGAUUCCGCCGACACGCAAAGCAAUAAUAACAAUAACAACAAUAAGACCAAUACCGACGGCAUCAGCCAUGAGGUGAACGGAAGCACUCAUCAGAUUCAUGGGGCAGCGGUUGCGGCGGCUGCUGCGCAUUUGAUCGGAGCCAGUGGCGGUCAUAAUGUUGCCGGACAAUACCUUACGGGUAGUGGGAGUUUCAAUGAGGAUAUGGCAGCGUAUCCUAUGACUCAUCCAAUGCUGCAUCCGGGGCGACCGUGGAUGAAGGAAAAUGAUCUUUAUGGUAUACAACAAACAGCCAGUCCAGACAGCACAUCACCAGUCACUUCGGAGGUCUCCUACACCUAUAUCGGUUCCAAUUCCAACUGCCAAACAUCACCAGCGCUCUCAUCGGACUAUAAAACCUACAGUCGAUCGGCGGACGAGUCUGCGGAUCAACUUCAAAACCUCUCCAAUCCGAACGCUUCAAUCAAUAAGAACAACAGCGACGAUAGUAUCAUUGAAGACGGAAUUGAUGAGGAAAUAAUCGACGAUGAGAACGAUCAGGAUUCUUCAGGAGGUACCGGCCAAGAUCCAUCGAUACCCCAUAAAAAACGAAAACGUAGAGUUCUAUUUACCAAAUCACAAACCUAUGAGUUGGAGCGAAGAUUCCGACAGCAAAAGUACCUCACUGCUCCCGAGCGGGAACACUUGGCCAGCUUGAUACGAUUAACUCCAACACAGGUGAAAAUCUGGUUUCAAAAUCAUCGAUACAAGACAAAACGCGCCCAAAAUGAGAAGGGUGUGUAUGACAUGAACGGCUCAAUGCACCCUCAUCCGCAUCAUCCGUCGGCGCUUCCAUCUCCGCGACGAGUUGCUGUUCCCGUGCUGGUAAGGAAUGGAAAAUCAUGCCUCGAUGGCAAGCCACAGGACUGCAUAAGCUCUUCCAUGCAAUCCCAUCAUCAUUUGGUCCUUUCUGCAAAUGGCGCCUACCAACAUGGUCUCCUUCCGCCGCCGGGUCACCCAAAUCGCGGAUGGUGGCCUUAAUGGUUCUAGAACAAUCGUUUCAUCGAUUGCGGAAAAAACAGACAAAGCUAAAACACAGUACACAAGUAGUGCGACUCGAAUAUUGGACAAUAAAGUUAAAUAGAAAAACAAAACAAAAAAACAGAAAUCCAAAA